AUGAUGCCUAAUAACACUAACGCCUCCCAAAGACCGGAUAAUCCAUAUAUUAUUCCAUUGCCCCCUUCAUCCACUGUGGAGACUUCUACUGAACCCCCAAGAACGUUAUGGAUGGGCGAUUUAGAUCCGUCCUUCGACGAAGCGACCAUCGAGGAGAUAUGGUCAAAACUGAACAAAAAAGUUAUCGUCAAAUUAAUUAGAGCCAAAAAAAAUUUGUUGAUUCCUUGUAGCUCCACCUCAAGUAGUAAUAACAAUACAAGCGAGGAAAAUGGUGAAAAUCAACAACCUGCGUCGAAUAGCACUGAUCAGUUAGAUAAUUCUCAAAUGAUUAAUAUUAAUGGAAUCUCCUUCAUUGAUCCUUCCACCACUCAAUUACAUCAUGCCGGAUACUGUUUUGUUGAAUUUGAAACGCAGAAGGACGCUAAGUUUGCUCUAUCACUAAAUGCCACACCUUUACCUAAUUUUUAUUCUCCAACAACCAACUCUCAAACAAAUCCAACAUUCAAAAGAACUUUUAGAUUGAACUGGGCGUCAGGUGCCACUUUACAAAGUUCUAUACCAUCCACUCCAGAAUUCUCUUUAUUUGUUGGUGAUCUCUCACCCACGGCCACCGAAGCUGAUUUAUUAUCCCUUUUCCAAACCAGAUUCAAAUCAGUAAAAACGGUUCGUGUGAUGACGGACCCUUUGACAGGAUCAUCUCGUUGCUUUGGAUUUGUCAGAUUCGGUAAUGAAGAUGAACGUCGCAGAGCUCUGAUUGAGAUGAGCGGGAAAUGGUUUCAAGGAAGAGCUUUAAGAGUUGCUUAUGCCACACCAAGAAAUAAUAUGAUGUUGCAGUUGCAGGAGCAGCAACAGCAGCAACAGCAACAGCAGCAACAGCAACAACAGCAACAGCAGCAAUUGCAUCAACAGCAUCAGCAACUAGAGCAGGAGGACAGUAAUGGUCCCCUCUUGAUAAAGACCGCAAAUAAUCUCAUUCAAAAUAAUAGCAAUAUGCUUCCUCUCAAUGCCCUGCAAAACGCACCUCCAAUGCAUUUGAAUGAGGGCGGCAAUUCAAACAUACGUGCAAGUGAUUCGUUACCUUCAAACACCUACAACACUGAUCCGACUAAUACUACUGUAUUUGUGGGAGGGCUAAUGCCAAAAACCACCGAAUUUCAAUUACGCUCGUUAUUCAAACCGUUUGGGCCUAUUUUAAAUGUCAGGAUUCCCAAUGGCAAAAAUUGUGGCUUUGUUAAAUUCGAGAAGAGAAUUGAUGCUGAAGCUUCAAUACAAGGCCUACAAGGCUUCAUUGUGGGGGGCAGUCCAAUAAGGCUAUCGUGGGGACGUCCAUCCAGUUCAAAUGCUAAAGCGGCUCCGACCGUCAUGGGGGCAGGCCAGUAUUUGCCCUCAAAUGGCCUGAGACCGCCAUCAGCAACUUCUUCUAUUGAUAACUCCAAACAAAUCCUUGAACAGUAUGCAGAAGAUAAAAGGCGACUCUUUUUACAACAGCAGCAACAGCAGCAACGGGAUAGUAACUUUCCUGUGGAGCAGAUGGCGCACAACAAUUAUUACAACUACAAUAAUUACGAUUAUCACAGUAACAAGAAUGGCAGCCAUGGCGACCUAGUUAAUCCGCAGAGAUCUAAUGUCUCAUAUAUUCAAGAAGACGGUUCAAUGUACCCACACCAAUAUUCAAGUCCUUCAUACUCGCUCCCUCCCAUGAGCAACCAACUCUCCAGUGCUAAUAAUAACAUGCCACAAUUUGGGAAUGCAAUGCCAAUUCCUAUGCAACUGCCCAAUGGCAACAGCAAUAAGAUGGCCACAAGCAUGAACAUGCACCCUACCACUAACAUGAACAUGAAUUCUAACCUGAACAUGAACAUGAACGUAAGUCCAGCACCAUAUGGAUUGGGGAACAAUGCGAAUAUGUAUGAGGUGUCCAGGAUGAUGACUCCUCCCUUAAAUAUGGCCCCGAAUGCCAGUAACUCAAAAUCAAACAUCAUGAACAAGCAUCCUAAUAGGAACAAUAUUCCGCCAAUUCAUCCUUCUCUUCUACAUUGA